GUGGCGCCGGCCUCGCUGGCGCUGCUGGAGCCCGACGUGAGCCCGCCGCCGCCGCCGCCUCCCCGGCAGUCGCCGCCCGACGUGUUCGCCGGCUUCGCGCCCCACCCCGCGGCCCUGGGCCCCCCGACGCUUCUGGCCGAGCAGAUGAGCGUGAUCGGCAGCCGCAAGAAGAGUGUGAACAUGACCGAGUGCGUGCCCGUGCCCAGCUCCGAGCACGUCGCCGAGAUCGUGGGUCGCCAGGGGUGCAAGAUCAAGGCUCUGCGUGCUAAGACAAAUACGUACAUCAAGACGCCGGUGCGCGGGGAGGAGCCAGUGUUUAUCGUGACUGGCCGCAAGGAGGACGUGGAGAUGGCCAAGCGUGAGAUCCUGUCCGCCGCCGAGCACUUCUCCGUGAUCCGCGCCACGCGCAGCAAGGCCGGCGGGCUGCCUGGUGCCGCGCAGGGUCCGCCCAACCUGCCGGGACAGACCACCAUCCAGGUGCGCGUGCCCUACCGCGUGGUGGGGCUGGUGGUGGGGCCCAAGGGCGCCACCAUCAAGCGCAUCCAGCAGCGGACGCACACGUACAUCGUGACGCCCGGGCGCGACAAGGAGCCCGUGUUCGCCGUGACGGGCAUGCCCGAGAAUGUGGACCGGGCGCGCGAGGAGAUCGAGGCGCACAUCACGCUGCGCACGGGCGCCUUCACCGACGCGGGCCCCGACAGUGACUUCCAUGCCAACGGCACUGACGUCUGUCUGGACCUGCUCGGAACGGCCGCCGGCCUCUGGGCCAAGGCCCCCAACCCUGGGCGGCGGCCCCCCGCGCCCACAGCCGGCCUCCGCGGGGAUGGGACCCUGGGGGGCCCCGGGGGGCCCGAGGCCUUCUACGCGGGGGGCCGCGGGGGGCCGCCGGUGCCCGAUGCGGGCCCUGCCAGCCCCUACGGAGGCUCGGGCAACGGGGGCUUCACCUUCGGCGGGGAUGGCCCGGGGGCCCCGUCGGGGCCACCCGCCCCCGAGGACUGUGACUUCGGCUUCGACUUCCUGGCGCUGGACCUGACCGUGCCCGCCGCGGCCACCAUCUGGGCCCCCUUCGAGCGGGCCGCGCCGCUGCCGGCCUUCAGCAGCUGCUCGGCCGUCAACGGGGCCCCCGCGCCACCCGCCCCGGGCGCCCGGCGCAGCAGCGGGGCCGGCACGCCGCGCCACUCGCCCACGCUGCCCGAGCCCGGGGGCCUGGCCCUGGAGCUCCCGCUGGGCCGCCGCGGCGCCCCGGACCCGGUGGGCGCCCUGGCCUGGCGGCCGGCGCAGGGCGCCCUGUCGUCCUUCUCUGGCGGCGCCGGCUUCUCCGCGGCCACCUCGCUGCCCAGCGGUUCCUCGGCCUCUGCGUGUCCCCCCCUGGACUCCAGUGCCUCCGAGGGCGGCCGCAAGCCGCCAGCGGCCGCGUCGUCGGCCGCGCCGCCCCCCGCCGCCCCCGCCCCCGCCCCGGCCUUGGCGCGGGAGUGCGUGGUGUGCGCGGAGGGCGAGGUGAUGGCCGCGCUCGUGCCCUGCGGCCACAACCUCUUCUGCAUGGACUGCGCCGUCCGCAUCUGCGGCAAGAGCGAGCCCGAGUGCCCGGCCUGCCGCACGCCUGCCACCCAGGCCAUUCAUAUCUUUUCCUAGCGGCUCGGCUGGCCGCCGCAGGCCCGGGGGGGGGCGCGGAGGGGGCGGCGCGGCGGGGGCGGCGGGGCCAGCCUUCACAGACGAGCUUUAACUUGGUCCCAGGCGUGGAGACGGCUGCCCGACGGCAUCUCAGUUCUUAACAAAUAAACAGUAUUGAGUCGACAGGUUAAAAUAAAACAGAGAAAAGGUCUGCUUGCACUUUUUAUUUAAGACUCCCCGCCCCCCAGGGUGAUCUUUUUAAGAAAAAAAAAUUAUAUAUAUAUAUAUAUAUAUAUAUAUAUAUAUACACACACACACGAUUUUUACAACUCCCCGUUGUCCUUUGGGACUUGGAUUUCUGACUUGACAGCCCUGGCUUUGGAGGUGGCCGCAGCCUCUGUGAAUCCCCUCCAGGAGAAUGGCGACAUUUUUACUCCCUCUUGGGGGGGCUAACCUGUUACCCUUUUGUAUGUCGGUGGGGGGCGGGACAGGCUG